AUGGCUCGUGAGGGAACUCGAUCUGCAACUGGCAACUCUAGACCAAGAGUCUUCGACACAGUUCCAGAGGUCGCCACAACCAAGAAGCGCGCGACCGCAAACACUGGAGCAAAGCGAACUACAAAGAAGGCGCCUGCUGUCAAGGCCAGCAAGCCUGUCGGUGUCACCAAGAAAAAAGCAGCAGUUCCUGCUAAGAAACCAACUGUCGCGACAAAGGCCAAGGGCGUUGUCAAGAAGGUGGAGGGUGCCGUCACCGGCAACCCAGAAAAGAAGGCUGCUGGUACCAAGAAGAUCAAGGGCACCGAUGUAGCCGCUGCUAAGAAGGGUGCUGCUACCAAGAAGAAGUAG